GCGUGAUUCGCUCUGGACUCGUUGAACCUGUGCGUCGGUGUCUCUAAUUAGGAAAGCUUCAGUUCCUGAGCAGUGACUCUUCCCAGAGAUCCCUCCUCCUCCUCCUCCUCCUCCUCUUCAUCAUCAUCAUCAUCAUCAUCUUCCUCCUCCUGUGCUGACAUGCUACGCGCCUGAUGCGCUCGGAUCACAGACGGCCCGGCAGAUAGCCAGAGGGGUGUGAUGGCCGGACGCGCCCUGACUCGGUCAUCCAUCUCCACACAUCCGCUCGGGCUUCCGUUGGCUUCACCUCCUGAUCGGCUUCGUUCCUCCUCGGUGUCCUUUCUGCGUGUCUCCGUGACGCUUUCCGCCUGAAUGGAUGCCGCUUUCACCACACAUGUGAGCUCUGUGGGCUUUAGGAGCACACGGUCUGGACCGGGGGGGUGCACUGUGCCGUGGAGGUUUAGGAUGACACUCUACUGAUUUUUUUUUCUUUUCCGUGAAGGCGUCAGGUUUCUACUUUGGAAUACCUGCCGUCACAUCCUUGGUGACGUAUGAUGCGGGACAGGUUGUUAUCCUGAACUGAAUGGUGAUUUCUCCUGCUCAUGAGUAGAGAAGCCGAGGAUCAUACGAGAUGAGGAUGCCGCACAUGAAAAUAAGGUCAGGCAAAUAAUUACCAUGAGAAACGAGGCAUCAGGCAGCAGGAGGAAGACGUGUGUGUCUGAGUAGCUGCAGACACUACAUAUGCUGCUGGUUGGACUUCAACAAACGGAACGAAAGAGCUGACAGUGUUUUGGAGGCUGCAAUAACGAGUGGAUUUAUUGACUGGAUGAUUUGAACUUUCAGUAAACAGAGACAUUCAAGACAGAGAAGUUCAAAUCUGGGGGAUGGAUGAAGACAGCAGCACCUCUGCUGUUGGAUUCUCUCAGGAGGAAUUUAUUUUCCCUCCAAGUCAGUUUUCUUCUGCCUCUCUGGUGCGUUCUGAUCUUUUCACAUUUCAACACGCUGUCAGACCGUCAGCACAUCCUGUCGCUCAGUCUUCUUUCAUUCGUCUACUGUGACUUUACCGAAGCCUGUCCCCAUGAGUGGUGGCGGCGCCCUGCAGCAACGCACCACCUACCUCAUCUCCCUGACCCUGGUCAAAGUAGAGGCCGUGGAGGAGAAUGGAGGGGAGGCCAAGAACAGGAGUCAGGGUAAAGAUGUGGAGAGCAGGUCAGGAGACAAGGCACAAAAGGAGGUAGGGGGCGAUGGCGAGGCUCAAGGUGAAGCCUGUGGCCAGGCGCAGACUGGAGCUGGAGUGGUUUCAGGACAACUACAGAAAGCUGAGGAUGUCACCGCUGGGAAGUUGGCGGAGGCGAACGUAGAAGGCAAAGAUGGAAAGAGAAAAUCCAUCAGUCCUUUGAAAGAUAAGCCAUCAUCAUCCAGUGAUGUCCUGAAUAAAGGCGAAGAUAAGCCUCCGUUCAAUCUCUCAAUCCCACUACCAGGUGAGAGAGCCACCGUCCAGAAGACGAAGCCUGCGGAGACAGAUUUUCCUAGAGUGGAGACAGCACUUGUCACACCUGAGGCAAAGCAAUGCAGGUCUCCAUCUUGCAUUACGACGCCACCCAAGGAGAUUUGUGGCGAGCCCAGCCGCACUCCAACCAGGACCAGCCUCCCUAUUCGUCCUGCAGGACAGCGGCCCGUGAGUCUGUUGAAGUCUCAUAGUAACGUGGCCACCCGUGGAAGGGAUUCCAGGGAUGGGAGAGAGCGGAGUCCUACCUCGGCCCAGAGCCUUGACCGCAAGGACUGCCGGAUGGUGACCCGCUCUCCAGGCCCUUGCAGGGCCUCCUGGGCUGAGGCGAGCAGGCCCGAGGCGUGGAGGGACUUGCGGGACGAGGUGCAGGCAGGAAUACCUUUAGACAGUGUGAGUGGGAUGGCUGUGAUGAGAGACAACCCCAGAAAAGAAAGGCUAAAAGCAGGGUCCAGCUCCCUGCCUGCACCUGCAUCUCAGGCUCCCAAACCGGCGCGCAAAGGUAAAAGUCGCACCCUGGACAACAGUGACCUGAACAGCCUCUCUGAAGACCUCGGGCUGGUCAGGGACGCCCAUCAGGCACAGCGUGGCUCCGCCAAAGACAGGAAGAUGCUCAAGUUUAUCAGUGGCAUUUUCACAAAGAGCAGCUCCGGGGUCUCCACAGCGCCUCCUGUCUACAUCCAGAGAGACUCCAGUGAGGAGGAAGUAAAUAUUGCCAACAGCCAGGAGUGGACCCUGAGCAGAGCCAUCCCUGAGCUGAGACUGGGCGUUUUAGGAAGUGUGAAAAGUGGGAAGUCAGCGCUGGUGAACAAAUACAUCACAGGAAGUUAUGUAGCACUGGAGACGUCUGAUGGCGGCAGAUACAAAAAGGAAGUGUUGGUGGAUGGACAGAGUCAUCUGUUACUGAUCAGAGAGGACGCUGCACCACCUGAUGCACAGUUCAGCAGCUGGGUCGACGCAGUCCUCCUGGUCUUCAGUCUGGAAAACGAGGCCAGUUUUCAGGAGCUGUACCAGCUCUACAGUCAGCUCUGCACCUUCCGCUCAGACAUCCCGGUCAUAGUGGUCGGCACUCAAGAUAAAAUCAGCAGCUCCAACCCCCGGGUGAUAGAAGAUCACAGAGCCAGACAGCUGUGCAUUGAUGUGCGUCACUCGCUGUUCUAUGAGACCUGCGCCACCUAUGGGUUCAACGUGGACCGAGUCUUUUCAGAGGCUGCUCAGAAGAUCGUAACGCAGAAGAAACAGGCAGCGCUCCAGGCCUGCAAAUCCCUCCCAAACUCACCCAGUCACUCGGGAGGCUCCACACCUGGAUCUGCAUCCCUCCCAGGCCAGUCCAGUAAUGGUCCCAGUUGUGGCUACGCCUACUCCCUCCCCUCCACCCCCGUGGUGGGUCACAGAGAGCUGCGUGUCGCGCAGGGAGAAGGGGGAGGUAGCAUCAAGGCUCAGGCGCUGAAGAGCAUCCCCCGACGACCCUCGCUCUUCAAGAACCGGGACCUGGAUAAGAAAUCUGCUGAUCCUAAAGGAGACCUGAGCAGCACGCGAGGCGUUCCCAUCAAACAGGGCAUCCUGUGGAAGAGAAGUGGAAGUUCUCUGAACAAGGAGUGGAAGAAGAAAUACGUCACCCUCUCCAACAAUGGCACACUGUCCUACCACUCCAGCUCCAGUGACUACACUCAGAAUGCCCAUGGUAAAGAUAUCGACCUGCUUCGUGUCACGGUGAAGGUCCCUGGAAAACGUCCUCCGAGAGCCGUGGCACCUGCAGGCCCCUCCCCCGUCCCCCCCGCCUCCAUACCCGGAGGCAAUGGUCUGAGGAAAGAGGCUCCUGCCCCCGGGGAGACCCACAGUACAAUUCCUCAGUUGUGUCCCUCCACCCUGUCGGUGGCCGAUGACCGGACAGGUGUUUUGUCGCCUCAAGGUGGAGACAGAGGACUCCAGCGCUGCCCGUCGUCACUCUCCACCAAAGCACAAAGUGUCGACGCCCUUGAAGGUACGGCUGGUCCAUUUGCUGGAAAGGAGCCCGGCCAGUCGUCUCCCAUGAGCGACAGGAAGAAGAACAGGAGGAAGAAGAGCAUGAAUCAGAAAGGAGACGCAGCUGUCGGGCAGGCAGAAGCCAAACGUAAAAUGUGGAAAUUAAAGAGCUUUGGUAGCUUGAGAAACAUUAAUAAGACAGACGAGGAGAACGCAGACUUCAUCGUGGUGUCGUUCACCGGGCAGAGCUGGCACUUCGAGGCUCAGAGUCUGGAGGACAGAGACUCCUGGGUGUCGGCUAUCGAGAGCCAGAUUCUGGCCAGUCUGCAGUCGUGUGAGAGUGGCAGAAAUAAGGCUCGUAGGAGCAGUCAGAGUGAAGCCGUCGCACUUCAGGCCAUCCGAAACGCCAAGGGCAACGGUCUGUGUGUGGACUGCGAAGCACAGAAUCCCACCUGGGCCAGUCUCAAUCUAGGUGCGCUGAUUUGUAUCGAGUGUUCGGGGAUACAUCGGAACCUGGGGACUCACUUGUCCCGCGUUCGCUCCCUGGACCUGGACGACUGGCCUGGAGAACUCACACAGGUCCUGGCUGCCAUUGGAAACCACAUGGCCAAUAGUAUCUGGGAGAGCUGCACACAGGGGAGAACCAAACCCACUCCUCAUGCAACACGUGAGGAGCGAGAGUCCUGGAUUCGUGCAAAGUAUGAGCAGCGGGCCUUCGUGGCACCGCUCCAGCCCGCCUCAGGGACCGCUCUACAUGACGACAGUAUGUCUGUGUGGGUGUUGUCUGCAGUGACUGACAGAGAUCUGCCCAGGCUGCUGCUUCUUCUGGCCCACAGCAACAAGGAGCAGAUCAACUCUCAGCCAGCUGGGUCCACUCCACUGUCCCGCACAGCCCUGCACGCUGCCUGUCAGCUGGGAGAUGUAGUCAUGACCCAGCUGCUGGUCUGGUAUGGAAUCGAUGUCAAAGCAAAAGAUAGUCAAGGCCAGACCGCCAUGAUGAUCGCCAGGAAGAACGGCAGCAGAGGCUGCGCUGACAUUUUGCUCCAACACGGCUGUUCCAACGAGACGUCCCCCAUAACUCCCACUCCUGUCCUGUCCCGCCGGUCCAGCACCACCAGCCUGGGCCACAGCAGUUCCAGGAAGAAAGUGUCGUAGCGAGAAAGGAAGCUAACCCGACGCGCAGACAGGGCCGACCCUGGACACGGAUGUAUCUUAUUAGAAAUACAGGACUAUAUUACUGUACUGAGAAAAUGCUUCUGAAGACUGAACAACAUAUCAAACACCUCUAAAGCAAUAUCCAUUCAGUUUGUUGGUGACAGAUAUAUUGCUGAAAUACUGUGUUGUUGUUGACCUCAUUCAUAAAUGACUCCAGUAGAACUCUGUAGCCGUCUUCUGUCACCUUAGAGCAGACACGCCGUCUGCUUUAGUUUCACUUCCUGCAGCAGAAGUGCAAUAAUCCUGCUAUACCUGAACUGGGCCAAAAGACACAGCGUGGUGAGAGGACUACCACACACACACACACACACACACACACACACAGAGGACGGUGCUUUCCUUCACAGCCGCUGUGACCCCGGACCCCAAGAGCUUUCAGUUUUUUCUUUGGCUUUACAAGUACAACCUAAACCUACAGUAUGUCAUGUUGUUAGUUAUGUGUGCCUGUCGCAGCAGUAUAAAGGUCCGUUUCUAUGUAAAAUACAAAUCAGCUUAGACUAGACUCAAUGAAUGGUUUGGAAAAAUGAAAUUACGUCGGUGUCAUAUGGCAUUUUAUGAAUCUGUAAAUGUACCUAUACUAUAGAUAUAGUCAUGUUGAACUGUAACAAAGACACAACCGAAGAAACCAGACUCGAUUUUGUAAAUGAUUUCCUACAGGUAGUUUUGAAAAUGCGUCCGAUUUGUUUAUUCAUCGUCUUUUAUAAUUUCCUAAUCUCCGACAUGUCAUAAAAACACAAGUCUAAAGUUUAAAGAAAAGGUUCCACACAAGUAAUCGUGUAGCCAUUUGUUCAGAUUCAUACACAUGAUUCAUACACACACUGUCUCCCAGCGUCGGCCGCUCCCAUCAGAUUAAAGUGAAGUUUUGACAUGGUGGUAUGGAGGGGCAGGGAUACUUGCCUGUGUGAAUCCAUCAUCAACUAAAACAAAUGGUUACUGGAAUAAAAAGAACUUUAAAAAAA